GACAGGCUACACACUGACAAGGUUACGGUCGUCACAAUGUUUGUCGUUUCGCUGUGCUUGUAUUUUGGAGUAUGGGUGUCAUCAGCUCGUGGUCUUGAGUUCCGCUACCAUAACUCAAUUGAAGUUGAACAGUACUUAAAAACUGUCAACAGGAACCACCCAGAAUUCACGCAUCUCCACAGUAUUGGUAAAUCCGUGGAAGGAAGAGAUCUCUGGGUCCUUAUCCUUGGCAAACAUCCCCGAGAACACAAGACUGGGAUUCCAGAAUUCAAAUAUGUUGGCAACAUGCAUGGAAACGAGGUGAUUGGACGAGUGCUACUGCUCCAGCUGAUUGACCACCUGACCAAAGGUUAUCUGACUGACCCUCUGGUGACUCGCCUGCUGAAUAGCACACGUGUGCACAUCCUGCCGUCCAUGAACCCAGACGGCUUUGAGGCUGCCGACCGGAAUUGCUUAUACUCACAGGGCAGGUUCAAUAAGAACGGAGUGGAUCUGAACCGUAACUUUCCAGAUGCGUUCUCCAGCAGUGAGGAGCAGGAACCCGAGAAGGAAGUGCAGGCAGUGAUGAACUGGUUGAACUCCGAGGCCUUUGUCCUUUCAGCUAACCUCCACGGAGGUGCUGUGGUGGCCAGCUACCCCUAUGACAACAGCAAUGGAGGAGGUGAGCUGCAAGGAGGUGCUAGCAUUUCUCCCGACAAUGACGUUUUCAUCCACCUGGCAAAAAACUAUUCCUUCACUCAUAACAGUAUGCACAAGAGUGACAGCUGCUACGAUUCCUUGAGCUUCACAGAUGGCAUCACCAAUGGGUAUCACUGGUACCGUCUCCCAGGAGGCAUGCAGGACUAUAACUAUGUCUGGCACCAGUGUUUGGAGAUCACCCUGGAGUUGUCCUGCUGCAAGUAUCCCCCAGAGAGAGAACUGCCAGGACUCUGGCAAGACAACAAGGCUGCACUGCUAGCCUACAUGCAACAGGUCCACCUAGGCGUAAAGGGCCAGGUGAUGGACUCCAAUGGAAACCCCCUACCAAACGCCGUGGUAGAGGUGGAGGGACGACACAACCUCUGCCCCUUCAGGACAGAUCGCAACGGGGAGUACUACAGACUGUUACUGCCUGGAAAAUACACCAUAAAGGUGGUCUUUCCAGGACACAAGACACACAUAGAGUCCAUAUCUGUACCAUAUGGCCCAGAUAAAUUCUCAGCCCUCACACACAAUAUCUACCUUCAGAGAAGUGACAGCAACACUGUCAACAGUGUGACCCAACCUGCUCCCCUGUGCACUUCUCAGGUGCUCAACUCUAAGGAAAACAGUGGUAGGGCCCUGCUGCCAGCCCACCUGACAGUCAUACUAGCCUUAGCAAUCCACAGACUACUAUGGUGAGGAAAAAGCGUCAUCCUCAGGAUCAUCAUCAUCAUCCUCAGGAUCAUCAUCAUCAUCCUCAUCGUCGUCGUCAUCAUCAUCAUUAUCACCUUAAUAUUAUCAUUAUUAUUAUUAUUCCCUAAGAGUUCUGCUUGUCUUGCACAAACACCUGAACCAUUUUAACAGAUCUGGAUGUUUCAUAACCACAUGAGUUUACCAGUUAUUUGGUACUAAAAAAGGACAAAUCCAAGAAGCUGGAGAAAGUGUACGUGCCUUGGGCAUGGUAAGCCUUCAUUGGAACAUUACACGCAGUGUCGUAGAUAUCUACAUGGACAGGGCCGGGACCUGGAUUGUAUCUACAAACGCAGCUGUCACCCAGAAAAAAAAUCACCCUCAAGUAUAAGAUUACUACAGAAUGUGAACUUUUCUGUGUGAGCUGGCCCUGGGAUUUGCCUGCACAGAUAUGCUUGAUGUAAAACUGAAAGAUAAGAAACCACAGCCUAAACAUAAACUCAGGACAGUGAUAUUCAUCAGUUCUUGGUAUGGAAAAAAUGAUACAAAAUCACAGUUGUGCAUUGCGACAAGAAUUAAUUGGAGGGCUCUUCAUCCUCUUGAUCUCCAAGCAGUUGAGAGAUUGUGUGUUGGUUAAGUCUGGCAAUAAAUGGGCCUAUGAACAAUGUGGAAACACGUGUGUAGCAAACAAUGUAAUGCUAGUGAUUCUCACAGAUGCCCACUAGAGGGAGCUCUUGUCCAAAGUAAAGUUAAGGGUGAAUUGGC